CAAUUUAUAAUACUCACAUCAAAAUCAAUUAUUUUGCACAUUCUGUUACUAGCAACCGAAAUAGACUUUGUUCUAAUUUAAUACUAAUAGCAACGAGUGCAAUUUUGAACACAGUGUAUGUGGUUUAGUCAUCUGUUGACGUCAGUCAGGUUAGUUUAGUUGCCAUUCUCAUUCUGUACCACAAACAAAGAUGUUGUUAUGAAAUGCUCCAGCCCCGAACAUAACGCGUAAUUAUGGUGGAGCCAAUCUUCGACUAUCAAUUUCGGUUGAUCCUCAUCGGCGACAGCACCGUUGGCAAGAGUUCACUGCUGAAAUACUUCACAGACGGCAAAUUUGCUGAGAUUUCUGACCCAACAGUGGGUGUAGACUUCUUUGCAAGACUCAUAGAAGUAAAAGACGGGACAAGAAUCAAGCUGCAAUUAUGGGACACAGCCGGACAGGAACGUUUUCGUUCCAUAACGAAAUCCUACUACAGAAAUUCAGUCGGUGCACUAUUAGUAUACGACAUCUGCAAACGGGAAACAUUCGAGCAUGUCCCGCAGUGGAUGUCGGAAGCAAGAAGGCACAUUGAACCUCACCGACCUGUGUUUGCCCUCGUCGGCUGCAAAGUCGACAAAGUGGCGAACAACAGCCAGCGGGAAGUGAGCAAAGAAGAGGCCAAAGAGUUCGCCAACCAGCAUGGACUCAUCUACUUUGAAACAUCAGCGAAAACCGGCGUUAACGUUGAAGACGCCUUCAUACAAGUGACACAGGAAGUUUAUAAUCGUAUUCAAACCGGUGAAUAUAAAGUCGAAGACGGUUGGGAUGGCAUUAAGACUGGCUUUGCGCGUCCGAACGGUAUGGACUUCAAUUUGGUGGAAGCCGAAGCUGCCAGAUCCUCGUGCUGUUGAUUAUUCAUGUUAGAAUAUUAGGCGAUAAGUUUAAGAGUAUGAAAUUUAACGAUAGUGCACAAGACGAGAGCACAGGAGAAACUAUAUAACUGCAAAACAAUUAUUGGAUUUUUAGACGUUUUAUAUUCAACAAUGACUUAAAUUUCUAUGUAGGAUUUGUAAUUUUAUCUAAGACGGGGUUUAAGUGAUGAAAUCUAACUUCAGAGACAAGGUGACAGUGAUUAGUCAAUUAUUUUGAAGCAAAUUCAAAAUUUUCAUGCAGUUUUACAUGAAUUAAUAACUAAUUCAAUAGAUUCUACAGAAUAAACUAGUUUAGUUUGCAAGAAAUUGAUUAAUAACUGUUUUUGACAGUUUUAGAUCCCUAUACUUCACUUAUUCCCCCCUUAUAGGAUGAUAGAUAGUAAUUUUUUGGUUUACUUUAAGUUUACUGAUCUUAAACCUUACUCUUGAUGCUGGUUGUCUUAGAAAGUAGUUUUCUUUUAAAAGUAUUGAUGAGGGAACAGCUCAAAGACAAAAUAGAAGUUUUUAUUUGUUUUGGUUGCUAAUUUAUCAUUAUUAUUCUGAUGAUAUAUGUGGUCUUAGACUUUUCUUUAAACUGUUAUUAAGUUUCUAGUCUUUUGUGAAAAGUUUUUAAUAAUCUUGGAAAAUAUAUAAUAAAAACAAAUUACAUAUAAA